AUGGCCGGUGUUCUUAGUCAAUUACAAUAUGGCUCCAACGGAGUAUAUCUACAGCCGCUGAUAGAUGACCUAAAAGAGUUAUGGAAUGAUGGUAUGGAGGUUUAUGACUCGUUUAAGCAGGAGAGUUUCACUCUAAGAGCUAUAUUGUUGUGGAGUAUCACUGACUAUCCAGCAUUAGGUACAUUAUCUGGAUGUAAAGUGAAAGGGAAGCAAGCGUGUAUUGUCUGUGGGAAGGAUACACCUCAUAGGUGGUUAAAUUUCAGCCGCAAACAUGUAUAUAUGGGUAACAGGAAGCGUUUGAGACCUGGGCAUCCUUACAGACGUAAGAAAGGGUGGUUUGACAAUACGGUGGAGGUUGGUACUGCAAAUAGAAUUCAGAGUGGAGCAGAAAUACUUGAGAGCCUUAAAGAUUUUAGGAAUGAAUUUGGUAGACCUUUAGAUAAGAAAGGCAAGAGAGAAAGAGUUGAGGCAGAUGUUGAUGAUGCGAGUUCAGCUGAUGAAUAUGAAGAAGGCGAUGAUCAAUGGCGGUGGAAAAAAAGAUCAAUCUUCUUUGACAUACCUUAUUGGAAGUAUCUGCCUGUGAGGCAUAAUAUUGAUGUCAUGCACGUGGAAAAGAAGGUGUCUGAUGCACUAUUAUCUAUGCUGAUGCAUAGUGGAAAAUCCAAGGAUGGGUUGAAAGCAAGGAAAGAUUUAGAAGACAUUGGUAUUCGAAGCAACUUACAUGCGGAGAUAUGUGGGAAGAGAACCUACUUACCUCCAGCUGCGUAUUGGCUUACUAAGUUGGAGAAACGUAAAUUGUGCAGAAGGUUAUCCAAAUUCAGAGGUCCUGAUGGAUAUUGUGCCAACAUCUCCAAUUGUGUGUCAGUAGAUCCUCCCAGCAUUGGUUGUCUCAAGUCACAUGACCAUCAUGUCAUAAUGCAGAACCUGUUUCUGGUGGUUUUGAGAGGUUUACUGCCUAAAGGACCUCGUAUAGCAGUGAAUCGAGUAUGCAUUUACUUCAACAGGCUGUGCCAACGUGUAAUUGAUCCAGAGAAGCUAAUUACACUAAAAUCAGAGUUCGUGGAAACAAUGUGUCAGUUGGAGAGAUACUUUCCACCAUCUCUUUUUGACAUUAUGUUUCACCUGCCAAUACACCUAGCAAGAGAAGCACGCUUGGGUGGCCCUGUACACUUCAGAUGGAUGUACCCUUUUGAGAGAUACAUGAAGACACUAAAGGCAUAUGUGAAGAAUUUUGCAAGGCCAGAAGCUUGUAUGGCUGAAGGCUACUUGGCAGGUGAAUGCCUUGCGUUUUGUUUAGAGUUCCUUCAGAAGUCUGUUCCAGUUGAAGAAACACUUGCUCGCAAUGAAGAUGUUGAGAUACCAAGUAACACGAAGGACCAUUCUAGUAGGCUGAGAUGGCUUGCUUUUGGACCAAGACAUAUCGCUCAAACUUAUAAGGGUUUUGUAGUAAACGGCCAUCGCAUUCAAACAGAUGAUGUCAAGAGGAAGACUCAGAAUAGUGGAGUAACUUAUGAAGCAUUCUCUAUGUGUAGAGCUAGUUCUAAAGAUACGAGACAAAUGGCAGACAUAGUAGCAUUCUAUGGAGUGAUAAAGGAGAUCGUAUUGAUGGACUACCACAUGUUCCAGACAUCAUUCUUAAAUGAUCCUUUCAUUCUGGCAUCGCAACCUAAACAAGUUUUUUACUCCAGAGAUGAUGAGAACUCACCUUGGUAUGUUGUUAUGCGGGCACCACCAAGAGGGUACAACAUGAUGGACACAGUAGAUGAGUUAGUUCCUGCACAAGCAUCAGUCCAGCCAAUUGAAGAUUUAGGAGAUCAUGAGACUGAUGAUGACAGUUUUUGUGUUAGGGAUGAUUGUGAAGGUGUUCUAGUAUAG